AUGUUAAUAUUUAUUCUUCUAAGUCUGUCAGUUCAUAUCUAUCUAUCUAUCUAUCUAUCUAUCUAUCUAUCUUUGUCCAUUUCUAAGUUUUUUCUUAUCUAUCUAUCUAUCUAUCUAUCUUUGUUCAUUUUAAAAAUUUUUCUUAUCUAUUUAUCUAUCUAUAUUUGUUCAUUUUUAAAUUUUUUCUUAUCUAUCUAUCUAUAUCUCAUGACCAACGUAAACUCUUCCUUUAUCUAUCUAUCUAUCUAUCUAUCUCAUGGCCAACGAAAACUCUUCCUUUAUCUAUCUAUCUAUCUAUCUAUCUAUCUAUCUAUCUAUCUAUCUAUCUGUUCGUAUAGGUUACGUUUCUAUAUGACCAUCGUAAACUCUUCCUCUCCCUUUUUCUAUCUAUCUAUCUAUCUAUCUAUCUAUCUAUCUAUCUAUCAAUUUGAUUUAUGUUUCUAUCUCUUUGCCAAUUUCAGUGCAGUGGGGACAAAGAAUACAUUACCAUUUUUAUUUCACUUUUGCCUUUAUACUGUUCACAUUCGUAAUAUAUUCCUUUCCGAACAUAUUUCACUUUCACAUGAAAAGUCAUUUUUAAUGAAACAACUGCACUUCUGA